GCAGGGAUUCGUGCAGGCGGUGAACUGCAAUGGCGGAGACGAUGAAGCUGAGUGGAAAUCACGCUCCUCCUAAUGGCUCCAGUGAACUGUCCAGCUACAGGGACUGCGUGUGUGUGAUACUGAAGCUGCUAGCAGACUUCGGGAAAGAGCUCAAAUUAAGUGAUGCUGCACUGAAAAUAGAAGUCAACUUGGAUGCUGUGGAUCUUCCGUCGUCUCCAGAUGCUCACGCGUUUAAAUGUUUGCAGGAGCACAUCACUAAAUUACAGGCUGUUUCAGAAAGCUUAAGUACCCUGGUGGAUGCUGAUGAUGAUACGUCAUCGGCACAAAACAACACAUCAGAUGAUGCUGUCACCUCAUCGCCACUCCAAGAGCAGACGUCUGAGCGCCACCCUCUCAGCUCCGAGGAUGCAGAAAGCAAGACGGCGGCUGAUGACGUCAUGGUUCAGAUCAGAGCCAGGAAGUCAGAGAUUGAGCGAAGAAUAUCUGCAUUUAUGGAACGCAAGCAGAUGGAGAUCAAUGAAAACAAUGUACGCGAGUUUUGCAACGUGAUCGACUGCAAUCAGGAAAACAGCUGUGCCAGAACAGAUGCAGUUUUCACUCCAUAUCCAGGUUUUAAAAGCCACGUGAAAGUUACGCGGGUGGUAAACAAUUACGGGCCCCAGACUCGUGGUGGGGGAGGUCAAGGAGAGGCUGGGGAGCUGCAGAGGGGGCUGAUGGGAAGAGACUGCGGAAAUGCAGCCAUAGAAGAACGACUUCACAACAUCGAGACACACCUGAAACUCCCAACAGCUGGUCCAGUUCCAUUGAGUGUCUACCAGAGACUAAAGAAGCUGGAGGAUCGUAUCCUGGAGUUGGAGGGACUCUCACCCGAGUACUUUCAGUCCACGAGUCACCUACACAAGCGACCAAAGACGUCCCCUGCUCAGGCUUGCAGUCUGACAGAGCUGGAUGAGAAGAUCAGUGCAGUGAAAGCAGCACUGCUGAAGAGGGUUAAUGAAUUCGGGCCUGGAUAUGGACCAGAGUGCCCACUGUAGCACACCCACAAUCCAAUGCUCCAAACACACAGUCCAUUCAACAUGAAUCAUUCGUUCAUUUUUGUAUUCCUUACUUUUUCAUUCGCACCAUUGUCACAAUACUGUAAGAAUAAAAACAAACAUUUCAUGUGAGCUUAAGUUUAUAGCUAUUAAAAACUGUAUUCCUCUAAAUAGUUUUGUAGUUAACUGAGAUAUAAUUGAUCUGUAAAUAAAGGUAUUUUUUCCUUCAAGAAAAGUUGGACUCAUGAGCUUAACAUGUCAGCUAUUAACUGUAAUGUGCAACCUGAUUCCAAUCAGCCGUUCCUGCAGACUGCUAAUGAUUAUUUUCAAUUAAUAUAAAAAUGUUUCUCACUCGAUUAAUCUUUGGUCCACAAAAUUGUUACAGUUGAAAAUCUGUAAUCAGCUAAUUCAACUUAGACGAAUAAAUGAUCAAUUGUUGCUGAUUAAUUUUCUGACAAUCGAUGAAUUGUUUCAGCUCUAAUACAUAAAACACCGUCAAACAGAAUAUGAUAUAAAAUGGAUUUAUCAUGGAUGUUUACUAUCCUUAAUGUCUAAUGCUGGGAAGGUGUGUAUGUGUGUGUGUGUGUGUUCAUGUCUGUGUGUGUAAUUGAGAUGAAUCUGAGAGCGCACCUGAUUUAUCUGCCUGACUGCUGUGUGACGAUGAUCACCCCUAAUGGUUGUCAUUAUAACAAAUGACCUGAUUACUGCAACUCUGUUUGGAAAACAUAUUGGAGACCCAACAAACCAGCAUUAAAUGGGCUGCCGCUGUGUUUGACACUGUGACUUGUUUAUAAAAGGCUUUCGCAUAGAGCUUUAACUGAGCAAGCGGCUGAAGCAAUACUUCAGAUUAUUUUUUUUCUGUUAUGAGAAAACCUCUGGGUCCCUUCAUCCAUACAUAGAUAACUGAGUUAUCUGUGUAUGAGUUGAGAGGUGUCUGGAUUUUGAUUUAAAAUUAAUCUUUUAACUGUAUGAGCAGAGCAACAAAUCCUGUAGUCCACACCUGCAUACGUGCAGCUUAUUGACCAUGACCAUGAUGUUUUAUGGUGAAUCCUAAACAUGAACUCAUUUCCAAUGCAAGGUUCUCACUGUCUUUGAUUUAUAAUUAAAGAAUGUUGAUAUAAAUAUGAUUUUAGAUGAGAACGUGCAGGUUUUUGAUAAAUCUUUAUGAUCUGUUGGUGUAAUUAUCCCAACUAAAUUGUCAUAAUGAUGUAGUUUGAGCAAUAAAUCAACUUAAA